CCUCGUCCGUCCCAUCCUGCCCCGCACAAGGGAUUUCUUUCGUUUCCUCCCGUUCGUUGGAGCUCGCGGAGAGGCGAGGCGAGGCGACGAGCGAGACGGGGGAGCCGACCUCGCGACACCAGACGGAGCACCCCGCGCCAUGGAUCCCAUCAUGAAGCUCCUCGAGGACGACGAGGACGAGAGCCUGCACUCGGGCGCCGACGUCGAGGCCUUCACGGCGGCGCUCAACCGCGAGGUGGAGGCCAGUGCCAGCACCAGCAGCACCAUCAGUGCCCCGCCCGCCGCCUCCUCCUCCUCGUCCCAGCCUACGGAUCACGGCGCCGCACUUCUACCUCAGGAAAACAAGUCAUUGUUAAACCAUGGUCAUGGACAGUGGCAAGAUCGAGUAAAGAAUGAAACUGCAAACCAGGAGAGUCAACAACAGGAACAGACACAUCUACUUAGAAAUGAUCAGCCAUCAAGACCUGAAAUUAUUUCUCAAGGUUCUGAUAACAAAGACCUUACUUCUAAUACACCAAAAGAGUGCGAGUUACUGAAAGUAAAGCAAGAGCUUGGAAACACGUCUCAACAAGGUAUUGUUGCUCAGCAGCAGCCUAUGCAGCAAAUGAAGAGUGAACAAACACCAAUUGUUGCUCAGCAGCAGCCUAUGCCACAAAUGAAGAGUGAACAAGCACCAAUUGUCGCUCUGCAGCAGCCUUUGCAGCAAAUGAAGAGUCAACAAACACCUCACACAAAUCAAACGAAUGGUGCAACUACAGCAGCAAAAGCCCCAGUUGUUACAUUUCACAUGUUACUUCCGAUUUUGAGACGCUACAUUGACAAAGACAAGGAUAUGCAAGUUCAGUCCAUUUUUGCCAAGUUGCGGAAAAAUGAAGUCAGCAAGGAACACUUUUUAAAAGUUGUAAGGAAUAUUGUUGGCGAUAAGGUGCUUAAGCUAGCUCUUUCGGAAUAUCAAAUGCAGCACACUGCUCAGGCACAGCGAAAUACUCAGACAAAUCCAGGCAACUAUUCUUUAUUAAGUCAAGUUUCUGGUCAGCAGACUGUUCCUAGUGGUUCUAUGACAGAUGAGCAGGAGGCAUAUCCAGGGGCUCACACCAUCCCUAUGAAACAAGCUAUUGACAACCUAAGACCACCUCAAUUCCGGCCUUCCUUGUCUAGCCAAGUGCAGAGUAUUAGGGGUUAUUCACCUUCACAAAGCAAUGCACAUAAGGCUAAUGAAACAGGAAACAUGUCAGAUGGGAAAGGAGCUCAUAUGCUACAAACCCGUCCACCCAAUACCUUAACUCCGGCGCAAACAAUGCAGCAUCAUGUUCAGCGUCCACAAACACCCUCGCCAAUGUUUGGGACAAAUAGUAUUCAUGCACGUCCAUUUCCAAGACCAGUUGGAAGUCCAGCUGCAUCAUUUAGACCACAAAUGACAGAUCCCAAUCAAAGAGCACAAUUGGUCCAGGGAGCUGUGACCACAGUAGCUGGGAGUGUGCCAACACAAUCUAUAGUGUCUGGAAAUGCACCAACUAAUCAAUCUACAUGGCAAAAAUCAGCAAACAAGGAGCAGAAAACUAAUUCUUUCACUCCAACAGCACAUAUGAAUAAGGAAACUAUUAGCCAAAACUCGGAAUCUUCGCAGAAUUCUUUUGUUGCAAUGCAUGCAAAACAAGUCAAUCAAGCCCCAGGAUCUUCAAAAGGUGGUGGUGGCAUGGAAAACCAGUCACCAAAAUUGAGUGCUUCUAAGUCUUCGACCACGACAAACUCAAGUCAGACUCAAUCUCAUGUCACUCAAGCAGAGCCUAAAUUGCAGGUCCAAUCUUCUGUGCAAGCACCUCCUGCGGCAGCUUCUAAAACACCUCAGAGGAAGGCAUCUUCUGGACAGAAGAAGCCUCUGGAAGCAUUAGGCUCAUCCCCUCCACCAUCUAGCAAAAAGCAGAAGACAUCUGGAGGUUUCCAUGAACAAAGCAUUGACCAGCUUAAUGAUGUCACAGCAGUUAGUGGUGUUAAUCUGAGGGAAGAAGAGGAACAACUUUUCUCUGCUCCAAAGGAAGAGAGUCGAGUUUCAGAAGCUGCUCGGAGAGUUGUUCAACUAGAAGAAGAAAAGCUCAUUCUACAGAAGGGACCACUGGCAAGGAAAUUAGCAGAAAUCAUGAGGAAAUGUAAUUUGAAGGUCAUUGGCACUGAUGUGGAACGUUGUCUAUCGAUGUGCGUUGAGGAGAGGUUACGAGGAUUUAUAAGCGAUAUAAUAAGGUUCUCUAAACAGAGGGUUGAUGUUGAAAAGUCAAGGCAUCGUUUUUAUCCGUUAUCCUCAGAUGUUCGCAGUCAUAUUAUGAGGGUGAACCGAGAAGCUAAAGAACAAUGGGAGAAAAAGCAAGCUGAAGAUGCUGAGAGAAUAAGGAAACAAAAUGAUUACAUGCAGGGAGAUGGCAAUGCAAAUAUUGAUCUAGAAAAAGACAAGAACGAGACCCGUGCCUCGUCAAAGCAUGCAAAGACUUACAAGGAGGACGAUGAUAAGAUGAGAACUACAGCUGCAAAUGUUGCUGCGCGAGUUGCAGCUGGUGGAGAUGACAUGCUGUCAAAGUGGCAAUUGCUAGCUGAACGAAAUAAACAGAGAAGUGAGGGAGGUGAUGGUUCUUCUGGCUCUGUACCAGGUAACAUGUUGCAACACAAGCCAUCACUAAAAUCUGGGAAAGACUCGAUGGAAGAUCAGGGAAUUGAAAAGAGAGGCUACUCCACAAUGCUUGGAUCUGGUGGUAUUAGAAGGUCACCACUAACAAAAGUGGCACGGAGUGUUUCAGUAAAAGAUGUGAUAGCAGCACUGGAGCGAGAGCCUCAGAUGUCAAAAUCCUCUUUACUUUUCCAGCUAUACGGGAGGCCAUUGACAGAACCUGCUGCAAAGUAAUUUGCAGUAAAAUUAUUGCAAUUCAUGUUGCAUAUCAAGUUUUGUUACUCUGGCUGUUCAUGGUUUCUUAGCCAUUUACAGAGGAUUUUGGUCAACAUGAGGGCCCAAUCAUCAAGCGAUGGGGCUGGGGCUGAUCGGUUGACAAUCAAUUUUGUGGGCAUUUGGCAGUUACUAUCAAUUCUGCGUUUCCCUGGAGCCAUUUUUGUUUUUCAAGGGAACAGUCUGCAAAUGUGUUUCUUUUAUAUUUUUUCUGUAUAAAUGCCUGUGGGUAUCAAUGCCCAGCUGACUUAUGCUAGCAUGAACAUCAUGCUCAUUUUUGUAUAGCAUAAACUGGAGUAGAAUGUUCGUUGAUAUACUUUGGUAAGUCUUAAAUCAUUUUACCAUGCCAUUAAAUCAUAACAAAGAAUUUCAGCCA